GAAGCCUGUCAUUAUCAUUGUUGUUGGAAUGGCUGGUACACACUGUUUUGACUAUAAUAAAUGUUCUUGAAAAAAACUCACUAUGUUGUGGGUUUAGUGCUGAUGUGAGAUAAUUUGUUAUGCGCAAACAAGCGUGGAUAUGUGUUGAACCUUGACCCUGCUGUAAUGUCUCUUCCCUUUGGGGCCAACAUUGAUAUAAGAGACACCGUCAAGUACAAGGAAGUUAUGAAGCAGUAUAACUUGGGGCCUAAUGGUGGCAUUAUGACGUCACUCAACUUGUUUGCUACUAGAUUCGAUGAGGUAAAAAUGACUCAUGUUUGUGUUCUCUCCUUUUUUUCAUAUUGUUCUGUCUUUGUUUUAGGUUGUCUCUGUGAUUGAGAAACGUGCAGACCAGCUUGAUUAUGUCCUAGUGGAUACUCCUGGUCAGAUUGAAAUCUUUACAUGGUCUGCUACUGGUGCUAUAAUCACCGAAGCUUUUGCUUCGACCUUCCCAACUGUUGUCACCUACGUGGUUGAUACUCCACGUUCUACAAGCCCAAUCACUUUUAUGAGCAACAUGCUUUACGCUUGUAGUAUUCUCUACAAGACCCGGUUGCCUCUUGUCUUGGCUUUCAACAAAACCGAUGUGGCAGACCACAAGUUUGCCUUAGAGGUUAUGCUUCUUCAACUGUUUUAUAAAUAUUGAACCUAUUUGAUGGUACUGAUACUGGUUUUAUGCAGUGGAUGAAAGAUUUCGAGGUCUUUCAAGCAGAGAUACAGUCUGAUAACUCGUACACGUCGACCUUAGCUAACAGCCUCUCUCUUUCGCUGUACGAGUUCUACCGGAAUAUAAGAUCUGCUGGUGUUUCUGCAAUCACUGGAGCUGGAAUGGAUGAUUUCUUUAAAGCCAUUGAAGCAAAUGCUGAGGAAUACAUGGAAACUUACAAAGCUGAUCUUGACAAGAGAAAGGCGGAGAAGGAACAGUUGGAAGAAGAGAGAAGGGGAAAGGAAAUGGAGAAACUAAGAAAGGAUAUGGAGAGUUCUAAGGGAGGGACUGUGGUUCUAAACACUGGUUUGAAAGAUAGAGAUGGAGCCGAGAAGAUGAUGCUAGAGAAGGAUGAUGAUGAGGACUUUCAAAUAGAAGAAGACAGUGAUGGUGCCAUAGAUGAGGAUGAUGGAGACGAAGAGAUGAAGAUUUAAGACUCAAAAAACCAAAAUCUUUCAGCAUGAUCAAGUUUGCUUUAACUGGUUUUGUUUGAGUCACAGUUGUGUAGUUAAACAAGGAACUGGAUCUCUUUGUGAGAUAUUGCCUAAUGAUCUAAUGGAUGACUACUAUAAACUUGAAUUUUUA